AUGAUAAAAAUAGAAAAGAUAAAUAAUGAAGAGGAUUCAUAAAAGUCAAAAUAAAAGAAUUAAAAAAAUAUGAAAAGUAGGAGAAGCAUUUGAAAUAAGCGAAGAGAAGAAGAGUAACAUUAUAAAAAGUAUGUAAAAAAAGCAAAUUAAAUAAGAGGUGGAACCGUAAAAAUAAGAAAAUCAUCCCCAUAUUUCUAAUAAGGAAUUAUUGAAACAAGAAAGCAUAAUAAAUAAUAUUAGAAUAAAUAGCAAUAGAAACCACAAAGCAAAAGUAAAUUUAUUUUCUUGAUGUUAUUAUCUCAUCUAUUAUACUUAUUCUCAGUGAAGGAAUUUUCAGAUUAUAUAACAGACCUUUCAUAUAAGAACAGAUACUUCAUCGCAGCAGGAUUUUGA